AUGGCGACGGAAGAAGUCGUCGUCGAGAGCGCCGGCGUCGACGUCGACCGGCACACCGUAUCGGCGCCGCGCUUCGCUCCGAUCGCCACCGGGGGCGGCGGCGAGUCCAACGCCAUCUCCGUCGAGCAGCACACCCAGGACGGAGACCUCUGCGAAGCGGUCGUCGCUCCUCUUCUCCAAAGCAGGUCCGAAAGACUGAACGAGGUGGACGAUGACGACGACGACGUGCGCGUCCUGGACCACAUUCCCACCGAAACUCGGUCGUCGUCUUCGCGAAAGCGAAAGAAGAAGCCAUACAGUGGCUCGUCGGUGACCGAGACAGACCAGCUGUCGAAUUCCAAGCCAGAUCCUUCAUUUGUCUGUGAAAUUUGCAUCGAGCCGAGGAUGAGCAGCGACAUGUUUCGUAUUAAGGGUUGUAGUCACGUGUAUUGCAAUGAGUGUGUUACUAAAUACGUAACUUCAAAGCUUGGCGACAACGUGACGCAUGUAGGCUGCCCUGUAUCAGGCUGCGGCGGCGUACUGGAGCUGGAGCAUUGUAGCUCGAUACUCCCUCCGGAGGUGUUCGAUCGUUGGGGCAAAGCAUUGUGCGAGGCUCUGAUUUUGGAGGGGGAGAGGUUUUACUGUCCGUUUAGGGAUUGCUCGGCGUUGUUGAUGAACGACGGAGGCGAGGCCGUGAGGGAAUCGGAGUGUCCGAAUUGCCGGAGAUUGUUCUGUGCUCAGUGUAGAGUGCCGUGGCAUGCAGGGAUAGAGUGCCAGCAGUUUCAGCGGUUAAAGGAGGGGGAGAGAGGGAGGGAGGACAUAAUGUUGUUGAAGCUGGCUGAGAAGCAGCUUUGGAGGAGGUGCCCAAAGUGCCGGUUCUAUGUUCAGAAGAUCGAUGGUUGCGCGCUUGUGAGGUGCAGGUGCGGGCGUCAGUUCUACUACGGAUGA